AUGUACAAGUUUGCUUUUUGUUCCUUUUCAGCAUUCAGUAUGGCUUCUCCAGCUCUACUCAUGCGUGUGGUUGCCUCUGCGUAUUCUGUUGCAGAAAAAGCUGCAACGAUUGUUAGAAAUGUCAUGUCUGCAGGAGAUCUGGGAAUAGUGGAGAAGACCGGAGCCAAUGACUUGCAGACCAAAGCUGACCGACUUGUACAGAUGAGCAUUUGUGCUUCCCUGGCACGGAAGUUUCCCAAGGUGACAAUCAUAGGAGAAGAAGAACUGCCCACUGAUGAGGUAGCUGAGGAAUUAAUUGAAGAUGGCAACUGUGAAGAAAUACUGAAUAAAACUUGUCCUGCUCAGUACGCAGGAAUUAAAGAGGAAGAGCUUGUAAUAUGGGUUGAUCCCUUGGAUGGAACGAAAGAGUACACUGAAGGUCUCCUUGACCACGUAACAGUUCUUAUUGGAAUUGCUUAUGGAGGCAAAGCAAUAGCAGGAGUCAUUAACCAGCCAUAUUACAACUAUGAGGCAGGAGCCAGUGCUGUGUUGGGCAGGACAAUCUGGGGAGUCCUGGGCAUGGGUGCCUUUGGAUUUCAGCUCACAGAAGCACCUGCUGGGAAACACAUAAUCGUGACCACCCGUUCCCACAGCAGUGCCCUUGUAAAUGACUGCAUCAGUGCCUUGAACCCAGACAAUGUCAUCAGAGUUGGAGGAGCAGGAAACAAGAUCAUUCAACUUAUAGAAGGCAAGGCAUCUGCUUAUGUAUUUGCCAGUCCUGGGUGCAAGAAAUGGGAUACUUGUGCACCUGAGGCUAUUCUACAUGCUGUGGGAGGCAAGAUAACUGAUAUCCAUGGAAAUUCAUUUCAGUAUAACAAGGAAGUGAAACACAUGAAUUCAGCUGGGGUCCUUGCCACUCUGAGAAAUUAUGACUAUUAUGCCAGUCGUAUUCCUAACACGGUUAAACAAUCUCUUGUGCCUUAAAGCAGGAACACAUCUGCACUUGCCCUGGAAGGCAAGAAAAAGGUGAGCUUGGAAAAAGAAAGAAAGAAGACAACUGAGCUUGGAAUUUUAUUUUAUGGAAUCUGAAGUGAAUUCUUACAUUAAGGUGUUCAAUAAUUUCAAAAUUACAUACAGAAAUCUCUAGGAAUAUGUUGGAUCAAAUUGUUUUGCUGUGUUUAGCAGACAACAUCAAAACAGUAACAUUUCUUUAGUAGUUGUUAUCCAUAUUCUUGAGGAGUAUUCAUUCUUCAUGACUGUUACUGCUAAUCAUAACACUACAAUCCAAAAAUUGUCUUAAUAUUCAGGACACAAAAUCAUGUUAAGUGAUUUGUUUGAUCUUGCUCAAUGUUUUUUGUUGUAUGU